GGGAAACUUCGACACUGGAAGGAACGAGAAUAAAUACCUAAAUACGGACACACGGAUCCGUUGCUGGGGCAGACACUUGAACUUCGGGAUCCCGAGGCAGUCUGGGCAGCAAGAGAUAGUCCAUUUUUAAUUGAAGGAAGCUGCUUCUGCUUAGGAGUGGCAGGAGAAGUAAGGAAACCACAUGGAAGACUCCCAGGAUUUAAAUGAACAAUCAGUAAAGAAAACGUGCACAGAGUCAGAUGUCCCAGAACCCCAGAAUUCCAGGUCUAUGGAAGUGCAGGACCUAGCAAGUCCUCAUCCUCUGGUUGGAGGUGGUGAUACUCCGGGUAGCUCCAAACUGGAGAAAACUAAUCUCAGCAGCACAUCAGUCACCACAAAUGGGACAGGAGGGGACAACAUGACUGUUUUAAACACUGCAGACUGGUUGCUGAGUUGCAACACCCCCUCCUCCGCAACAAUGUCUCUCCUUGCAGUCAAAACAGAGCCUUUGAACAGCAGUGAAACCACAACCACGACUGGAGAUGGAGCGCUUGACACUUUUACUGGGUCAGUAAUAACAAGCAGCGGCUACAGCCCCAGGUCAGCGCAUCAGUAUUCCCCACAGCUGUAUCCCUCCAAGCCCUAUCCACACAUUCUUUCUACACCAGCAGCUCAAACAAUGUCUGCGUAUGCAGGCCAGACUCAGUAUUCGGGGAUGCAGCAGCCAGCCGUCUACACCGCCUACUCACAGACAGGACAGCCCUACAGCCUGCCCACUUACGAUCUGGGCGUGAUGUUACCAGGCAUCAAGACAGAGAGCGGACUUUCACAGACCCAGUCCCCGUUGCAGAGUGGGUGUCUCAGUUACAGCCCAGGGUUCUCCACCCCACAGCCAGGCCAGACUCCUUACUCUUACCAGAUGCCAGGUUCUAGUUUUGCACCGUCAUCUACUAUUUACGCAAAUAAUUCGGUUUCCAAUUCAACGAAUUUCAGUGGUUCGCAACAGGAUUAUCCAUCGUACACAGCCUUUGGCCAAAACCAGUACGCACAAUAUUACUCGGCAUCAACGUAUGGAGCAUACAUGACAUCAAACAACACAGCCGAUGGCACGUCAUCCUCAGCCUCCACCUAUCAAUUGCAGGAGUCUCUUCCAGGACUGACUAGCCAACCAGGAGAGUUUGAUACCGUACAAAGCCCCUCCACACCCAUCAAAGAUCUCGAUGAGAGAACAUGUCGGAGUUCUGGCUUCGAUAUUUCUCUUUUUCUCCAGCGUGUGUUUGUCUGGGACUUGGAUGAAACCAUCAUUGUUUUCCACUCACUGCUCACGGGAUCUUAUGCCCAGAAAUACGGCAAGGACCCCCCCAUGGCUGUAACCCUUGGACUCCGAAUGGAGGAGAUGAUUUUUAAUCUUGCUGAUACACAUUUAUUUUUCAAUGAUUUAGAGGAGUGUGACCAAGUUCACAUAGACGAUGUCUCCUCUGAUGAUAAUGGGCAGGACUUAAGUACCUACAGUUUUGCAACUGAUGGCUUCCAUGCAGCUGCAAGUAGUGCAAACCUUUGUUUGCCAACAGGUGUAAGAGGAGGGGUUGACUGGAUGAGGAAGUUGGCUUUUCGUUACAGAAGAGUAAAAGAAUUAUACAACACCUACAAGAACAAUGUGGGAGGACUCCUUGGCCCUGCCAAGAGAGACGCGUGGCUGCAGUUGAGGGCCGAGAUAGAAGGUCUGACAGACUCCUGGCUAACAAAUGCACUUAAAUCUUUAUCAAUCAUUAGUACUAGGAGUAACUGCGUGAAUGUCCUGGUGACGACGACCCAGCUGAUCCCAGCACUUGCGAAAGUUCUGCUCUAUAGUUUAGGAGGUGCUUUUCCCAUUGAGAAUAUUUACAGUGCAACUAAAAUAGGAAAAGAAAGUUGCUUUGAACGAAUAAUGCAAAGGUUUGGCAGAAAAGUAGUAUAUGUUGUAAUUGGGGAUGGUGUAGAAGAAGAACAGGCAGCAAAAAAGCACAACAUGCCCUUUUGGAGGAUAUCAAGUCACUCAGACCUCUUGGCUCUACAUCAAGCACUGGAAUUAGAGUAUUUGUAACUGUGUUCUCUAGCUGGAGAUCCGUUGUUUUUGUUUUUUUGUUUUUUUUUUUUUAUAUUUCAAGUACACUGAAUUUUUAUGUGUGAUUCAAUGCCUCUGGCUUUACACAUACAAAUUGUCUUAAAGGAUGAAAUCAUAUUUGGAAUGAGAAUUCCAGAAUGAAGAAUUCAGAUUGCUUGAACGGAAUUAAACUUUAGUGCUACAGAAAGGAAGCUCUAUGGUCUUACACUUACAACACUUUAAUGGUUUAAAAAAAAAAGUCUGUGGAGAUUGCUGGUCCACACCGAAUGAGUCGUUCUAACUGGAAUUAACAGCUUUAGCAAAGAACUCUUACCCUGGCAAAACACCAACACAGUCUCCGUCUGACAAGGUGGUGUUUAACAACAUUCCUCAAAAUGGGAGAUCUUCUCAGCCCUGAGGUUUGAAUCUGACUUUAGCCUACCUAGCCCAGAAAAUCUGAAUUGGAAUGCACUCAGACUGUGUAAGGACAGUCCUAUCUAGACCUGUAAUUUGUGUAAAUUAUUGAUGAAAAUAAUUUACUGUGACUUUAUUAGUAGCUGACUUUGAAAGUGGAUGCAAUUUUUCUUUCAUUUGUUGGGGCGGGACACGGGUGGGGAAAAGGGAAUCUAAUAAUGUCUCUUUUUUAAGUUUGACAAAUAGAAUGUUCAUACUGAUGUGUUGUGCCUUAAAGACAAGACAGCGUUUGUGUGUUACAAUGUAACUUUGGUUAAAAAAAAAAAUCUCUGUAGAUAAUGAAAGACAAAAACCAUUGUGAUCAUUCUUAAGAUGACCAAAUUUAAAAUUCAAGUAAUCAAAGCUUAAUAAUGCAUCAGCGAGAAACCAAGUACUUGUUGCGAUAAGAAAACAACAAUAAUAAAGGAAAGCUUGUGUUUUAUUUGGGUUCUUCAUAAUUCCAAUAAUUGUAUGAGGCAACUAUUUGUGCAUCCAACCAUAAGCGGAAGGUUUGGGAAAGACUGUGGGACCUUUACUUAGAAAGUGAAAUGUAUAUUGAAGUCUCGAGUACCCUUUCUACCGUUUUACUGGAGAAAACUAAGAGCCAUAUUCAUGAUGACUUACACUGUUUAGAGUUUGACUUUUUGAUACGUGUAAGUUGUGUAGAGGAAAAUAUUCUGAUGGAAAUCAUAAGCAAAUAUCACCCAAAUGUUUAUAGAAUAUACAUGAACAUGGCUUUAAAUCCAUGUUGAGUGAACAGGGCUUAAAAGAAAGCUAAGUGCAUUUCUUCCCAAUGCCAUUGCAAAAACGAAGUGUCAUCAGUAGUGGAAGGUGAAUGCCCAGAUGGUUUCUAAGGAAAGAAGUGAAUCAAUGAAAAUUUUACCUAGACUCUGAUCAUAAAAGAAAUUAACAAGUGAGUCGGAUCUUGGCAGCAUUACUAAAGUCACAACAGUGAAAUAGUAUCUGGUUCUCCGUCUUAACACAUCAAUCCAGUUUCUCUCCAUUACAGACCUGCACACCUUGGUUUCUGCCUGUACCAUUACUGCACAAUGGACUUCAUUCAGUGCAAGGAGAGCCUGUCAUCGUUGUGUUUGCAUGUUUUUGUUUUUUUUUUCCUUGGUGUGUAGCCCAUGUUAAGAACACGAUACAGGUUCUCCUGUCAUUUUCUAUGACAUGAUUUCCCUUGUGGAAAUUUAAGACUUUCAAGAUCCAGGAAUGUUUUACUGGUGUCUACACCUGCAGUCCUGUGUUUAAAAUGUCACACUGUGGAACCUGGAGUCCAGCUUCUAGGCAGUGGCCCUAAUCAGAGUCUGGUCCAUGAUAAUCAUAAUCUCAUGCUUCCGUGGCUCCCCUAAGAUUAGGGCUUUGUACACUGAUCACAACAUUCAUUAUGGAAAUGUGAUUUUAUUUCCCAGGCUAUAAACCUGUAUUUCUUUACUGUAUGCUAAGGCCAUGUUUACACUGGGCAGAAAGAGACUGAGAACCAAUUUCACAGAUUUUAAGAUUGUGAUUUCAUCACAUAUAGACCUUAAACUUCUUCUUUAAAUUUUGUAGCUUUUGGCUACCUCUGCCCCAAGUAAUGUUACAGACAAAAAAAGGUUGGGAUACUACUAACAGUACUAAUAAUAGUAAUAAUAAUACUAAUAAUAAAUCUUCCAUUUCUCCUGGCCUUUAGCUUGCAAAUAAUAGUUGACAAAAUUAAAGAGCUGCAUUGAUUAUCGAUACUCAAAUCUACUUUGUGCACUAAAACCUUAAAUAUUUAUUACUGUGAAUAAGACAAAAUUUCCUUUACUUUCUAGCCAGUUGUUUCUUUAAAUGAGAGAAUUGCGGCAUUACAUCUAAAUUUUAAAUUAUUUUUCAUAUCAAACAAGCAAGGUUUAUGCUGCUAAACCUGCAGAUACAGAAAGGAACGCCCCUUCACAGGGCGAAGAGAAGGGCCACUGAUGGCAUCACCAGUGCUGUUUCUCACAGACAUCUUCUCCGAUUAUGUGUUCCGAAAGGCUGCCAAUAUUAAACCUAAAUGCUAGGUUGACAGAGAACAGCUUGUCUGGUACAACGGUGGUGCAGGCCACUGGGCCCACAAGUUUGUCAUGCGACUUCAGACCAGAAAGCUUCCCUUCCCAGCUUAGGAACCCAAGAUCCUCUUCCUUUCUGAUCUGAAAAACAAAAAAAUAAAUCAACAAACCAAAAGCCAGCCCCUGUGGCAAUUCCCACAUGCUGUUGACAUACAGAAUAUUGUGCCUUAUUAUAAACCGAUUUGAGAAGUGUUCUGUCACCAGAAUGGGUUUUGGGCUCCUAUGUGUACAAACUUGGUACAUCACCAGGGCAGGUAACCAGCCACCUUGUGUUACCUCCGAAGAACAGGUGGCCUGGCUACAGGAGUGUAACAGACAAGAUUAAGUCACUCUCCCCUGCAAAGAUUUAUAAAUCAAAUUCAGA